CUGGGGUGUGACUUGAAUAGCCAGCAGUGCGUUUUCAAACUUGCGAUGGCCAUCCUCAGUGAUGAAGGCAAAACGGUACUGGCGGUUCUGCAGCUGCCGAUCGUGAUAUAUCUCUUUUGGAUGUGUGGAGGCAUCAGGCUGGCCAAGCAAACAGCCCACUACCUGCGGUCCAUUUGGCGCACGAGGGCCACGAAGGAGCCCACAAAGCUGAUUGCGGAGUUUCGUGUGCGGUUGGCAAGAUACUCUCUUGCUCUUUGUGUGGCCGUCCUGUCUUUUCACACUCUCUACAGUGAACUCAGCCUCAGCGAGUUGCAAAGGAGUAACGUACCCGUACAACCCGUCUACUCCUUGGAGCACUCCUUCAUCAAGUUUGGUUGGCAGUUGCUGAGCAUGCUUCUGCUGCUGGUGCUUAGCUGCAGAGGCAUGUUGCAGAGGUGGAUGACAGUGACCUACCUGAUGCUCAUGCUGUUGCUGUGCUGCUUCGCACUGCCCGGCUUAUGCCCACCCAACUCCGUGCCCGUCGCAGUUGGCAUCACCUGGCUGCUUCGAUUUGGUUUGUUGCCCUUAACGGACUCCCUGCUCUGCGUCUUCUUGAGCAACGUGGCCUGCCACGCGGCGAACCGCCUCGCCCUCGAGGAGCGCUUCGAGAACCUGCGCGUGGAGAAUGUCGUCUCGGCCGAGGGGGGCAGGGUUUGGCAGCAUUUGGCCCGGAUCCUGGGCGAUCGCAUGGAAGACUUCGAGGAAGGUCUGAAGACGUGGAUGAGUUUGUACACGAGCAGCACCAUUCUCUACGACGUGUCAGUGAUCUUUGCGUGUUGCAUUGUAUGCUUUUGCCUACAUCAGGGCUUGUUGCUGAACGUGAAGCAGGGCAUUGAGGCGGCGAACCUGAGAUCCGAGGGCAAGGCUUGCAGCGCGCUGCUGGGCACCAUCUGCGAUGCCCAUUUCUUCCUCGACGCGGACCUGCGCUUGGAACACGAUGAGCCGGGCCUGGCAUCCAUGCUUUUCCACUUGAAGACCAACCAGGGCACCAACUUCGACCAGUGCCUGGCUAGUGAGGAGGACAAGACCCACUUUGUGGAAAUGAUCGAAAAGUCCAAUGCCGAUGAUACCUUCGCCCGCGCGAUGCAUGCACACGUGCGCGAUGGAGUGGGCAACAUCAUUCCCAUGGAGAUCUUCCACGUGAGGACUAGUGAUGCUUUGGGGGAGGUCAAGCAUUUGGUGGGCAUCCGUGAGUAUGGCGAUGAGAAACUGCUGGAUGCUCGAUCGGCAGUACCAGAGCCCGAGCAGCAGAUUGCGAUCCCAGGAUAUCACAGCCUCGCGCACACGGACUCCGGCUCGAGUGAUGGAUCCAGGUCCGAGAGAUCCAGCAGAUCCAGCGAAAGCAGCACUGACAAGGACUACAUCCUAUUUGAUGCCAACGGGAUGCAGGUGUUCAGCGCUUCCAAGCGCAUCAUGAAGAAGCUGGAGCUCCAAACCGUGGACUGCAGCUUCUUGGACAUGGUGUCCACUGCGGACCGCGCACAGGUGGGCCAUCAGCUCGCAGACGCGGUCGACAGCCUGAGCCUGGAGAGCGAAGCGGCGUCGACGCUGAAGGUUGAUCUUUGCUUCAGCUUGAAGUCCGCCAAAUCUUCGCGCGUGCGAAUUUGGAACUGCGAGCUGCAGAAGCAACAUCAGGAGGUGGUUGGAUACGCGCAGCUCAUCGGCAGGCUCCGGAAGAACAGGUCCAUUGGCUCAGGACGCGGGACACUUCCCCCGCUGCCUGAAAAGGCCCGCCGGAAGCGAACCAUCAAGCUCUAGUCACUCGGAUUACGCUUCACCCUGAGAAAGUCAACAGCCUGCCGUGGGAACGGAAUUUUUACAUCACCGACAGCUGGGGACGUUCUGUUGUUGUUUGUUCAGCAGCUCGGUGUACAAAGAAGUCUUGACACGUCCAAGACGUGAGCCUAUCUAAGUUAUGUCGUUGAACAACGCUCGCAGACUUUCGCCUUACCUUCAAUCACACUGGUUCUGAGCCAUAGAAAGGGACGCCAUUGCAACCCACGAGUGACC